GGGCACGUGCGGUUGUGCACAUAUGGAGGAGCCUCCACUGGAUCACAUUAGGGGGAGGACUGUUGAGGGCCUUAAAAAGCGGUGGAAUGACUGCAAGAGGUGGGUGAAAGAAAAGAUGGGGCAGGAAGCUAUGCACCAGAGGGGAACAGGCGGUGGUCCACCCCUGGACAUAGAAUAUAACACCUGGCAGGAGAUGAUACGCAGGUCCCUGAGUAUCACAGCAGUCCGUGGACUUCCAGUCCAUGCUGAACCUCCUGUCACGAGGAUACAAACAGGCAUGCCGCCACCACCACCACCACCACCACCACCAGGCACAGGCAUGCAGCCAACACCACCAGUCUUCAGGCAAACACAUGAACAGUAUGCUCCCAGGCAUGAGCAUGGUUGGAUGGCUUCAGUUGAGGACCCGGGAGUGAUGCCACCACCAUUGCCAUAUGACCCCUGGCAAUAUUCCUGGACAGAGGAAUAUCCUCCCUUUGGCUUUGAGGGGGGGCCAAGACAGCCACAAAGGGUCCAUGUAUUUACCCCCCCCCCCCAACAACACAAUCUUAUGGCAGUCAGGGAUUUCACCCACACACGUCACAGGAAGUUCCAAUUGGACAGGCUGAGUGGUCACACACUCGUCAAUCAUUGGGACUAUCAACCAACCGUACAAGCUCCACCAUCCUCAGCAAUUGGACGAGCUCCACCAUUGGCAGAUGGAAAUAGAGCAGAUUCUACAGCUGCCCCACAUGAACCAGCAGUUGAAGCUGGCCCACCACCACAUGAACCAGCAGUUGAAGCUGGCCCUGCACCUCAAGCAACAGCAGAUGCAGGUGACCCUGCCCCACAAGCACAUAGAAGCCCUGCUGCUCAAGAGCCUGUGGAUGCAUUGUAUUCACCCCUGGGUGAGGAAUACAUUGCACUCCAGAGGAGGCUCAUAACAAGCACGGAGAACAUACAAAGAGGCCAAGAGAGGUUCUUCAGGAGCCAACAGAGGAGACAACAAUGUAGCAUAGAGCUACAGAGGGACAUAGCAGCAUUGUUAAGUGCAAGUGUUCAUAACCAAUCACAGAUGAUGCAAAUUCUGUCUGAUAUGCAGAUGCAAAUGGACAAUAGAUGGAGAGAACAAAAUCAACUCUUGGGUGUGUUGGUUGAGAACUUUACACAUCAGCAGGACACUGCCUCCAGCCUAUCAUUUAUGGCCAGCACACCAGCAGAAACAUCAGAAUCUUCUCAAACCAGGAUAACAAGGCAAUCCACUACAGACACCUCAGCUCCCUCGUCCAAGAAGCCAAAAAAGAAAUAAAUAUUCUUAUAGUUCACCAUAAA